CGUAUAAUUUGCUGGAAAACCCUGUUUGCGUUUAUUUCGAUAUUGCGCUAUAAUUUUGCAGUGACUAUCGAGUGUAGUCAGCUCGCCAAGUGUUGUAAAACUUCGCUUUUUGGGCUAUCGAUAGCGCACCUGGCCCAUCACUAUUUUAGCACACGCCGCGUAAAAGUGACGCCGAUUUCAAUUUCAACUAAUUGCUAAAUUUGAAUAAAAACCUUGGAACAAUGGGCGAUGUGGACGAUUUCGACACCUUGUCCGAUGCCGACUUGCGGGCAAAGAUGAUUGCUCAGGGACUGCCGAAUAUUCCAGUUACAAACAGCAGCCGCAAAGUUCUGGUCAAGCGUCUGCGCGCCUCCCUUGGUGGCCAGGCGUCGCCGGCAGUCGCUGCCAGUCCCAAGAAAACCAACAAGCGUGAGACCAUUGCGCCGGCUGUGCCUUCGGCCGCAGCUCCAGCUCCAGCUGCUGCUUCUACUCCGGUGGACAAGCCAGAUGGAGUGAAGCCGGGCCCUGCAUCUACCAAAGCUCGGCGCACAAUUGCGUCCACAAUGAACGACAACAAAGCCGCUGACCGUCGUCGCCCUGAGGAGCUGGUGACCAAGAAACCAGCUGUUCCGGCUCCCACACAGACGCGUCGUAUCUCCACUUCCUCAGAAAAGCGGGAGGUAGUGUUAGAGCGUCCAGUCAAGAAGCCAGAGCCUAUCAUCGAGGAGCCUGCUGUGCCCAAGCGCACCAACUACCAUGAGAACACUUUGGAGGUCAACUCGAUGAUCGUCCUGGAGUCUGACGAAGAGGAGGACGAGCAGUUGGCACAGGCUGCUGACCUUGUCGAGCGACAGUACAAGGCCAAGGAAAACCCAAAACCCAGAUCGAAGCUGACGGCUACCACAACCAAUACAUACGAGUACGCCGGCAAGCCAGCUGUCUCGAUGGCCCCACUGGCCUACAGUAGCAAGGCCGUGGACCCUCCACGCAGACAGGCGUACGAAUCCUCUGCUGCUCCAGUUCUUAACAUGGCUCCGUCCAUCAUUGCUUCUCGUACACAGACGAGCAGCUCCUCAUACGACUAUCUCAGCAACCCCACCGGGCGCUACAGCAGCUAUGUGCGCUCGCCAGCCCAGAGCUAUGUGACCGCAGAGGCACCGGCCCCCCCUCUGGCCUACACUUCAGGCUACCGCCGUUCCCCACCACGUCAACCGUUUGCCAACGAGCUGAGCGACGAAAACGAGGAGGACGAUGGCCAGUACGAGAGCACCUUUGCUCGCAACUUGGCCCGUCUCCGUUCCGAACGGAUCGGGGACAGGAACAGUCCCUACAGCAGGCGCACCAUAGCCAGCACCGAUACUAUGGGCUAUGAGCCCCAAGCACGCCGCUCCCUGCGCCCCGAAGAGGCCAAUGUCUCCGUGGCCUUUCGUCGCUGGCUCAAUAGCUUGAACGAAGCCUACAAUCUUAAGUCUAAGAUGUUUAUAUUGUUCGUAGUUGUAUUGUUGAUUGGCGUCUAUCGCGUCUUCUACUAGACAAGAGCCUAGCCUUGUGAAUGAAUCUUAUCCUACAAAUUUAAGUUUGUUUUGACGUUUGAAUUGUUUGUGAAGAUUAACGUCAAUAUCCGCGGCCGAUGAAUUAGCUCUGUUUCAAUUUAAUUUUGGUGUGAGAUUGUCUAGCAUUAAGCUGUAUGUUAUCCGUGUUCCAAUAAAGCCCACUUAAAGAAGAA